GUAAAUUAGCUAUGGUUACAGCUGAUUUAUCACAAGACAAUGAUAUUGCAAGUGUUUUACUUUAUAAUGCUAAUUUAAGAUGUCGUAGCUGUAAAGCUACUAAAAAUGAAUAUCUUCUUUGA